AUAGCACCAAAAGUACAAGAACUCCUAGCAUCAGAUGCCUCCAGUCCAUAUAUAGCCCUUUGGAGAGCAAAAAGGGAGAACAACCCAGACAAAAGAGACAGCCAUGUACUGCCCUUGGCCUUAACCCCCACCACCACAGCCCCUCACUGCCUUUCACCUGCAAAAACCACUUGCAACCCUCACAAAACCAAAAAACGCCAGCAGCCAGCUUCCCUCCCCCCUCCAAUUUUAGCAACUUCUCCCUUAAAAUCUCCCCCCCCCCCCCCCCUUGCAUUGCACCUCUCCUUCUCUACCCACACCACCCCCGCCGUCUCCGCCGCCGCCACCACCACCGAUUCUUUCUCCGGUGCCACCUAUGGAAGAGAUGAUCAAGCCGGCACCGGCACCGGCGUCGUCGGAGGAGGAGAAGGAGGUGGUGGCUACUGCUGCUACUGGAGAAAGGAGGCAUGAGGAGGCGACGGCCGGGAGAGAGGAGCAGGAAGAGGAGGAGGAGGAGGAGGAGGCGCCGGUGGUGCUGAAGAAGGGGCCGUGGACCACGGCGGAGGACGCCGUGCUGGUGCAGCACGUCCGGCAGCACGGCGAGGGGAACUGGAACGCGGUGCAGCGGAUGACCGGGCUGCUCCGCUGCGGCAAGAGCUGCCGCCUCCGGUGGACCAACCACCUCCGCCCCAACCUCAAGAAGGGUUCCUUCUCCCCCGACGAGGAGCUCCUCAUCGCGCAGCUCCACGCCCAGCUCGGCAACAAGUGGGCGCGCAUGGCCUCCCAUCUGCCGGGGAGGACGGACAACGAGAUCAAGAACUACUGGAACACGAGGACCAAGCGGCGCCAGCGCGCCGGCCUGCCGGUGUACCCGCCGGAUGUGCAGCUCCACCUCGCCUUCGCCAAGCGCUGCCGCUACGACGACUUCUCCUCGCCGCUGUCGUCGCCGCAGCAAUCCGCGGGGAGCAAUGUCCUCUCUAUGGACGCAGCCGAUGCCGCCGGCGCCGCCUCGUCCGGGUACACCAGCGCGCGCCCGCCGCCGCUCGACCUCGCCGGCCAGCUUGCCAUGGGGAGCCGGCCGGUUCAGCUCCUCGCCGCGACGCCGUUCUCCGCGCCUUCGUCCCCGUGGGGUAAGCCGUUCGCUCGGAACGCGCAGUUCUUCCAGUUCCCGCACUCGUCGCCCGUGUCGCCGACGACGCCGACCGGGCCGGUGCAGGUGCACCCGGUCACGCCGGAGCUCUCGUUGGGCUACGGCCUUCACGCCGGCGACCGGGCCAGACUCCCGCCUGUCUCGCCGUCCCCGGGUGCCAGAGCCGAGCUCCCUUCAAGCCAAUUGCGCCCGUCGAUGGCGCCUACCACAGCCGCCGCCGCCGCCACCGGCGGCUUGGUCGGCGGAGCGCUGCAGGAUCACCCAAACGCGGCGAGCCUCGAGGCCAUGCUGCAGGAGCUGCACGACGCCAUCAAGAUCGAACCGCCGGCGCCGCCGGAAAACAGAGGAACGGAAGAAGAAGGCGGCGGCGGCGGCGGCAAUCUGCGCGGCGUAAGUGGUGACGGCAAACCGGAGGUAGAGCUCAAGGACGACAUCGAGACACUCUUCGACCUUAUCAUACCGGCGACGUUCCCGGCGGCGGCGCCGGAGCCCGCCGCCGCCGCGACGGCCGCCUCCGCCGCGCCCAACCACUCCAGCUCCGUCUCGCAGCACAGCAGCGACGACCAGGACCACUCCAACGGCGCCGACGUCCUCGACCUGCCCAUCCUCACCGGCGGCGGAGGCGGCUCGUCGGAGCAGGACGACUGGAGCCUCGACGGCGCCGCCUGCCAGUGGGACAACAUCUCCGGCGGCAUCUGCUGACAUGAAUUUCGAUGAUCAACGCUGCGUCUGAAACAUUCUGUGAUCCCAAGAACCGCUCAAGAAGAGCUCUUUUUUUUUUCCUUUUUGCGAACAUUUUUCUUGGCCUUCUUUUUUUUUUUCAUGUACCUGGGGUUAAUUAGGUUGUAUCGAUCGUGACUGAGCAAAGUGCAAAUCUUCGAUGCCCCCAGUGAGGCUUUUAACUUCGUUUUUUUUUAAUUACAAAUGACUCGGUCUGAGCUGAUCAUAUCAAAGUUUUUAUCGGCAUAUA